CUGUCGCAGAGCUCGAAAAUCGAACACGUUCCGUGCGCUUGGUGAGCGCGCGACUACGCUGUCACUGGUCGUCAUAUCGGCUCUGGUCCGCGUCACGGCGGCGUCACGGCGGCGGUAACGACGACGACGACGACGUCAGGCAGCAACAAAGACCAGCGACGCGACAGCUGGAAGAAAUUGACCGCCGACGACGACGACGUGCGUCUCGUUUUCCCCGCGACGCGGAGCGUUCAGUAGUGAACCAACGAUCGUCGCUGAGAGACGUCGAUUCUCGCUGAUUGACGGGCGAUCGCGCGUCGUUGAUGUCAGCCGCACUUUCACAUGAGACACAUGGCCACUCUGAACGCGUGUAAUUAGGCGAGUUAGAAAGCAAGCACGAGCAUGAACGUCGCCAGGAAGAACGUCUUCCGUACUUUGGAGCACGCACGGUUUCACAGUAAUUAUUAACUAGCAACAUUUCGCAAGUGGUGCUUAUUAAUCGUGGGAAACGUCAGACACGUCGAAUGCCAAGAUACAAAAUAAUGUUGCGGCGUCGAUAAGAUGAAGAGUGAAGAACAAUAGGAAUUUUAAUAAUCGCAAUGUACCAGUAUUGCUGACCAUGAGAUGUCAGGCAACUGAAAUGUUAUAGUUUUUAGCCUAAUCAGCUUUUGCUGCCAAAUAGCAAGCAUUUAAAUUUGAUGAUACACAUGAAUCAUCAAUAUAUAAAGGAAUGAGAUUCACAAUAUGCAAGAACCAUGAUAGUUAGUGAUUUGUUGUGAAGUAACUUGCGUGAGAGUGGACCAAUACAGCAAUAUACAGUGACAGCAGACAUGUUUGGUUGUCCCAGAGAGGCUGUACGCGUCAAAGUUAAGAAAUGCGAAACAAGGCAUCAACCGGAAUACCGCAAAUUCAGUGUGGAUCCUCAGAUAACAUCGAUAGAAGUGCUGCAAAGUAUUCUUAUCAAGGCUUUCGAUAUAAAGGGGGAGUUCACCGUGUCGUAUCGUGCGAUCGACGAUUAUGGCUCGGAGACGUAUCUGUUCUUACUCUCGGACUGGGACUUAGACGCCGCGUUUAUCAGCGCGUCCGAGCCGUACCUCUAUCUGCAGGUGAACCUGAAACCGUUCGGCGAAACUGGAGACUGCGAGUGCUACUGGGAGCAAAAUGCGCAGGAAGUUUCGACGCGUCAGCAGGAAACCGGGUUUCCUUACAAAACACCGAAGCUGCCCGGUCUCAUAAUGAAUAAGAUGGAGAGGACACUGAACAUGGUGCAACGUGCGUUAGGUAAUCUCGGCGAGGAGUCGUCCCAUCAGCAAAGUGCUCAGCCUCCGCAACCGCCAUUGACAGACGCCGAGUUCCGGCGAUUCCUGGAUCCGAUCGGUCAAGUAGUACAAUCGAAAGAACUGAGGGCGGUCAUCUAUUUCGGUGGGAUUGAACCUAGCCUGCGCAAGGUCGUGUGGAAACAUAUCUUAAACGUGUAUCCAGAAGGGAUGUCGGGUCGUGAGCGAAUGGAUUACAUGAAAAGAAAGGCGCAAGAAUAUCAGAACUUGCGCGAACGAUGGCGAGCGUUAGUGCAAAAGGGACAGAACGUUGGCGACCUCGGCUACGUCACCAGCAUGGUGAGAAAGGACGUUCUCAGGACGGACAGGCAUCAUAAGUUUUACGGCGGCUCGGAUGACAACCAGAACACGGCGAGUCUGUUCAACAUCUUGACGACGUACGCCUUAAAUCAUCCGAGCGUGAGCUACUGCCAGGGCAUGAGUGACUUGGCUUCACCGCUUCUCGUCACGAUGCGGGACGAGGCACAGGCUUACAUCUGCCUGUGCGCUCUUAUGAGAAGAUUGAAGGACAACUUCAUGCUCGACGGUAUCGCUAUGACUACCAAGUUCGCUCACCUCGCAGAAGGUCUUCAGCAUUACGACCCCGACUUUUAUGCGUACUUAAAGUCCCAUCAAGCGGACGAUCUGCUAUUUUGCUAUCGCUGGCUUCUGCUGGAGAUGAAGCGUGAAUUCGCGCUGGACGACGCGCUCAGGAUGCUCGAGGUACUAUGGGCGGCUCUACCAGCGUCACCACCGACCGGCGAGCUGAGUCUCGCCGAGGUACCCUUUCCGCCACCUUCGCCGCCGCCGAGUCCGAAUGUGAAGCAUAUUCGUGAGAACGCGUACACUAAGGUCUGUGCUAUCAGACGGCAAAGCUCCUCGGCCAGCAUCGCCGCCAAUGUGAAGCGGAAAACCUUUAGCACAGAGGAGCCAGCUUUACAAUCAGCUACCGAGGUUAACGGAGAAACGAAAAGAUCCAAUUCGCCGUACGAAACGUUCUCUGAGCCGGAGAACGACCUGACGAGCACGAAGAACAGGAGGAAUACCGAGUCGACGGAAAAGUGCCUAAGUACAGAUUCCCUUCCCGUCAGAACGAAGCGCUCGAAUCUCUUGGAGCUAAAGGAGAGGCUGUCUGCCUCCAACAAAGAACAAGCUAAGAACAGCGAACUAAACGAUGCCGGUGAAAAGAAGUGUGCGCGAGUGGUGAAGAAUUUGAACGAAUUCUUAAACUUCACUAGCCUCAAUCGCAGCAAAGUCACACCGAGCGACGCCGAGCCCGAGCUCAGACGUGUUUCGAGCGAGAGCGGCGUAAUCAGGGUAUUGAGAGAUGAACCAAGCUCGCCGGAUGACCCCACGGACUUCUUUCCGAUGACUACAUCAAUGACCAGAGAGUUAAGACUGGAACUGGAAUCCUUGGACAGGCAGGUGUUUGGACCGUCGCCGCCCAGCGAGUUGCAGUGCGAUUGUGUUCUCUCGAAGAAAGAGAGCGACCUGGUAGAGAGCGAGACCGAUACGGAACUUGCGAGGUGCAGCCCUGCAGCGGACGUGUUCGUGUGGGAGAAUCCGCUGCAUAUGUUACAGCAGAAGCAUCACCCCACAACUCCGGACGAGCAGGCGGAAUUGGAAUAUGACGGUGAAAUUUUGGAGGAUCAGAAUGGCGUGAAGUCGGUCACACCGAUUAGAUUGCUUAAACGUACAACCAGGUCCGAAUCUGCGUCGGACAGUGAGGGAACCGAGAGUUGGCAUCAGAACGCAGCCGUGCCGGAGAGUCCGACGAAGCAACCAUCUGUCCAGGAGCAAUGCGAGGAAGCGACGGAGCUGACUAAUCUCAUACCCGCGGGCACGAGCGAGGAUCAGCUGGGCGAGAGCUCGUUGCCACCGCCGAGCGAAUUCGGUGGCGGCAAUCCUUUCUUGAUGUUCCUGUGCAUCACACUUUUACUGCAGCAUCGUGAUUUUGUCAUGAGAAAUCAAAUGGAUUACAACGAGAUGGCGAUGCAUUUCGACAAGAUGGUCCGCCGUCACAACGUGAUUCGUGUACUUAAUCAGGCGCGACAGUUGUUUGCCGGUUAUCUCAGAAGACAUUCCACCUCAGCCGGCUCGACCUCCGUCAGCAAGCCGGACGUGAACGCGUAACUCUUUCCUGGUCGACUUCUGAAAGUAUCAAACCGCAAAGCGGCGUCUCGUUCAACUUUUACUCGAUGAGCUGGGUUAACGACGAAUAUCAUGAAAGGGGGAUUAGUUCGAUCACGGUGCUCUUCCGACGUCUCACGACGUUCGCGGAAAAUCGCAAGGAUUCUUCGCAGUCUUGAAUUCCUACAAGCAUAUUGCAUAAGGAGUGUCUCUGAUUAACUCGACUCUUUCUUCUCGAUUUCCUCCUUUUUCUUUUUUUUCUCUCAUCUUUCCCUUUAUAAUGAAAUUUUAAAAAAUUAAUGAGCUUUUGAUCAUUUAUUUAAUAAGUUCAUCUUAUUCAUUAUCUUUGUUAUUUGUUAUUUAGUAAAUUUACUCCUUUAUUUUACUUUUAUUUGAUAUAAAAAUUUAUUGUUCGUUAAAUUUUAAACUUAAAAAAGUAUCGCUUUAUAACUACACAAAUCGCCUCAUGUUUUUACUAAGGAAUAUUCUUGUAGGCAUUAAAAAUAGUAAACUCGACAACGAAUAAGUGACCAACGUGUAAGAAAGCAAUAAAGUACGACGUAUCUACAACUACGUUAGAGCACUAGGUCGAACUGUUUCGUGAAAAUGUUUCAUAGUAAGUCGUAUUACGUGCGUUUGAAAAGAGGAAAGGUGAUUGAUCAGAGACAACCCCGUUCAAGCCCGUACUUACCUACCAUUUCGCAACACUCGUUACUAUCGAUGCGAAGCUUCUCUCGUACUUGAAUUUAGAACGGAUGGAUUUGACUGAAGGGAAGGAGCUCGGAAUACAACGAUCGGAAGCGCUUUACUUAAUCCGCGAAUGGCACGCGUAGUUCCGUUCGCGCACGCACGUCACCAUUCCAUCUCACGACAUAAUACACAAUAUCGCACGCGUCGACGAACCCUCUUUCCCUAUCUCUUUCUCUCAGCCUCAACGUCUGUCAUACGGCGUGUACUCCCUUUCUCGACGUAGAAUUAAGUCCCUAAUUUAAUUUAAUUCGGGACCGGGGUAUAUCCUCACGAGCGCGGCCGCGUCAUUUCUGAACGCGUUAAACCUGUAAAAUAUAUACACCCACUUACCCUAGCAGCUGAAUCUUACUUUGUUCUUAAACGGUAUGCUUGGGAAACGACAAUAAAGUGCAUUUAAUUUUAUCGCUAACA